AUGGAUGCCUUGAGGGAGAUUCCAGGUUAUGCGAAGAUGAUGAAAGGCCUAAUGUCACGGAAGUUUGAUUUUCAGGACCUAUCCACAGUGGCUUUGACGCAGACCUGCAGCACAGUAGUGACCAAACUGAUGACUCAAAAGAUGUCAGACCCAGGUAGCUUCACUAUUCCAUGCACGAUUGGGAGUUAUGCCUUUGCAAAGGCAUUAUGUGAUUUGGGAGCCAACAUAAAUUUGAUGCCUCUGGCUCUGGCUGACCGCACGAUAAAAAGGCCUACUGGGAUUCUUGAUGAUGUGUUGGUGCAAGUGGAGAAGUUCGUGUUCCCUGCAGACUUUGUUAUUCUGGACUAUCAGGUAGAUGAGGAGAUACCUAUCAUUUUAGGUAGGCCAUUUUUGGCCACUGGGAGAGCACUGAUCGAUUGUGAAACUGGGAAUUAA